GAGCGUCGCAAAACAGCUCUUGAUGUGGUGGGUCGGAAACCCCGUUCUUUCCUUUUACAGCAGCUCUACUGAGCGGAGUCUGGAAGAUGCCCGCUAAAGGUCCUUUGCAGUCGGUCCAGGUUUUUGGGCGAAAGAAAACAGCAACAGCUGUUGCCCACUGCAAACGAGGAAAUGGACUUAUCAAAGUGAAUGGAAGGCCUCUAGAACAGAUUGAGCCAAGAACUUUGCAAUACAAAUUGUUGGAACCAGUUUUACUGUUGGGGAAGGAAAGAUUUGCUGGAGUGGACAUUAGAGUUCGUGUGAAGGGUGGUGGUCAUGUCGCUCAAAUCUAUGCUAUCCGUCAAUCUAUUUCCAAAGCAUUGGUGGCAUAUUACCAGAAAUAUGUGGAUGAAGCCUCAAAGAAGGAAAUUAAGGACAUCCUUAUACAGUAUGACAGGACCUUGCUGGUUGCGGACCCACGCCGUUGUGAGGCAAAGAAAUUUGGUGGACCUGGUGCCCGUGCACGCUACCAGAAAUCUUACCGUUAAAUCUUUCAUUUGAUUGUGGCAAAUAAAUAUAUAGCUGUCA